AUGCGCAGGGGGGCAAGCAGCUCCCUGGGCAGUCCCUCCAGGGCCACAGGGUACCCCCACUGGGGGCCCGGCUCCGAGGGGCAGCCUGGCUAUGCCCCUCUGACCACGCUCUUGUAUCGCUCCGUUUCGUACUCGCCCUGGUUGGAUCGCAUCAUCUUCCGGCGGAUCUUGAGCUGCUCGGCGCGGUUCUUGUCCACUUGCCCUUCUGUUUUCUGCGUGAGCCUCGACCCCAAGACCAACACGCUGGCAGUGACAGGCGGGGAGGACGACAAGGCCUUCGUGUGGCGCCUGAGUGACGGAGAGCUCCUGUUUGAAUGCUCAGGACACAAGGACUCGGUCACCUGUGCUGGCUUCAGUCAUGACUCCGUGUUUGUGGCCACGGGCGACAUGUCCGGCCUCAUCAAAGUGUGGCGAGUGGAUUCCAAGGAAGAAGUGUGGUCCUUUGAAGUGGGGGACUUGGAGUGGAUGGAGUGGCAUCCUCAGGCCCAUGUCCUUCUGGCGGGCACAGCUGACGGCAACUCCUGGAUGUGGAAGAUCCCCAGCGGGGACUGCAAAACCUUCCAGGGCCCCUCGUGCCCAGCCACGUGUGGCAGGAUCCUGCCUGACGGGAAGAGAGCAGUGGUGGGAUAUGAAGAUGGGACGAUGCGCAUCUGGGACCUGAAGCAGGGAACCUCGCUGCAUGUCCUGAAAGGCCAAGACGGCCACCAGGACCCCCUGACGUGCGUGGCCAGCAACCAGGAUGGCAGUUUGAUCCUGACGGGCUCUGUGGACUGUCACGCCAAACUGAUCAACUCUGCCACGGGCAAGGUUGUGUGUGUGUUCAAGGUGGACAGUGUCACCCCCAAGACGCCCGCUGGCGAGGGCGAGGAGCCCGAGUCCAAUUCUGUGGAGUCACUGGGAUUCUGCAACGUGAUGCCGCUGGCUGCUGUGGGCUACCUUGACGGCACCCUGGCAAUCUACGACCUCACCACGCAGAGUCUGAGACAUAAAUGCCAACACGAGUCGGGGAUUGUGCAGCUGCUGUGGGAGGAGAGCUCGGCCGUGGUCUACACGUGCAGCCUGGACGGGGCCGUGCGCCUCUGGGACGCCCGCUCGGGGAAGAUGAUCAGCGAGUACCGGGGGCACGCGGCCGAAAUCCUGGACUUUGCCGUCAACAAGGAUGCCUCCAUCGUGGUGACGACCUCCGGAGACCACCAAGCCAAGGUGUUCUGCGUGCAGCGCCCGGACCGCUAGGGCCCUGCGGCCCUGCCCGGGGCUCUUGUACAGCGGGACGGGGACAGGGGCCUCCCCCCUUCCCCAGCGUGUGCUUUGUAAUUUUCCAGCCUGCCCCCUCUGCCCUUGCUCUGGGGUGGGGGG